GCACACCCCCGAGUUCGCACGCGCGAUCCGAUCGAUUCUGAAGGGGUAGUUCCCUCAUAGUCACACAUUUCUGGUGUCUUAAAAAUUAAUCAUGUUUGUGCUGAUAAUAAAAUGAUACGUGCUUGGUGCUAACAUUGUUCUAACAUGGCUUUUGCAAACAAUCCCAGUUUGAAAACCCCGACUGUUUUGGAACAGUUGCUGGAAGAGAUCAAUUUCCAACGUACUAAAGAAAUGCGCCAACUGUUGAAAGAUGAUUCGGGCUUUGUCAUGUUGCAAGGUACAACCUAUUGGACCGAUUUAUUCGUGCGGCAUUUUUUGUUCCAAAAUGAAUCGACCAUUGACUGCGACGAUUUGUUAUUUUUUGUGAGAAAGAAACACGUCAAAGGGUCUCCCAGAUAUUUACCCAAAUUUGAAACGGAAGUUGAUGUUUUCCGAAAAGACAGUCGAAAGUUACCAAUCGGGGACCCCGACAUCGACUGGGAGGAGACAGUCUAUUUGAACCUAAUUAUUCAUCAGUUUGAAUACACUCUAACACUAGCCAUUUGCACACGAACGAGUCCGAAAGAACUCCAAGUCCUCAAGCGCCACUCGCAGAAAGUCUACGCCUCUCCGAGUCGCCGGAGAAUGGACACGAAGGGCGAGGUCGAGGAAAUGACCUACCCCCACAUUUGCUUCAUGGUGGACAACUUCGACGAGGUCUUCCACGAUAUUUUAGUCCGUGACGGUGAAAUGGUUUGUGUGGAGUUGGUGGCCUCUGACAGGGCUGGGACCGUGCAAGGGGUGAUUUUUCUGGGCUCGAUUCGUUACGACGCCCUUAAGAAAGUCUACGACGCGAGGCAAUCCAGUCUGAGCACAAAAAUGGCCCAAAGGAUGACUUUCGGUUUAUUUUCAACCGCGAGUAGUCAGCGGUGUGAGUUCGUCCGCAUGAAAGGGCCACAGGGCAAAGGCCACGCGGAAAUGGCAGUCACUAAACCCAAAGGUUCAGGGGUCGAAACACCGACCUCCGAGCCUGGCUUUUGCGCCACCGAUAUGUGGGACUCCGACUGGGAUGAGGACCCGGAGGAGUUCUACGUUUACAGAAACCAGAGAAGAUUAAGCGACCCAAGUGCUAAUAUAAACAAUUUCGUCCGUGGAGGCUGGAAGUCAAAGCUGGACGCGAAAUGCCGCUCUGAGAGCGAGGGCCUCGACUGCAUUGACAACGGAGUCAGUGAAAUCGAAGCCGGAGAUUUGCGAGACGAGAGGUCCGGUCCUGCUUCUACAUCCAAGUCGAGUUGCUGCGGUUGUUUCCAAAAGCGGAAACGAGGUUCGAUAACGCUGCUGGAGAUGUACAGUCGGACGUGCGUGGAUCCGGCCAAGUGCGCACAAAGGGCGCCUUUGGGGCCCCCUGAUAACAAGUGCUCCUGUCAGCCGCAGCCACAAAUUAACAGUUUAAUGAACCAGUCCGAGUACGAGGUCGGGAAAGAGAAAAAGAAGGCGCGGAAAAAGGCCAAACCGAUUCGGGAAAACGCCAAUUAUGCCGAAUUCGAGUUUGCCGAUGAUGCGAUUAGCUUAAAUAAUGAAAGUUUUGACGAACGGCCGGCGAGUCGCAACUCGAACUCGUCGAUUAAAGAGCCCUCAGCGACCGAUAAUCCCUAUAUUAACGUUAACGGCAAGGAGGAACUGCCGUGUGUCGAAGAAAUGCGCAAGUAUUGCAUAUCUGACAAUAUAUCAGCACCACCAACAACCAAGACUGAGCCUAAGAUAGUUAUCACGAAACACAAUAAUGUAAAUAAUGAACGAAUCAAAUUUAACCGAAAUUUUGACGGCAACUACAACAAGCUCUCAAUCAGGAGCAUUUACAGUUAUUGCACUUUGCCUAAAAAUAGAAAGUUUGUCAGUAACAAUCACAAAAACCACUGGUUCCGCCAUAUCGUCCCUCCGAAACGAAUCACACCUGAUGGAACACACAUUUAUUACUGGUGUGACUUAAAGCGGGGGCAUAACGAACUGGACGAUGGGGCUUAUAAUCCACUGUGGACGAUGCGCGGGUUCACCCAGACGUUCCACUUUUGGAAAGAGAACAAAAGGGCACAGUCGGUGCCCUUGAACGCUUUUUUGACCUAUGUUACUUUGCCUUGGUGGAGCAUCGCCAAAGACAUACUUGACCAUCGAGAAGGUCCAAUCCUGACGUUUUAGUACUUUUCUGUGAUUUUUUUUGAAGCUACAAUUCAAACCGAAUAUACGAGUUCUGCGCCAGGUUUGAGCUGUGAUAUUAAUUUAAAUAAAUGUAUGUUUAUUACAAUAAAUUGACCGUUCUUUC